UCGGGGAAAUGAGUGACAGUACGUCUGGGCGGAUUCCAUACCUGGCGCCAGAAGUACUGGCCAAUUUUGGCAAGAAGACCAUAUGGUAUAACUCUAAGGCUGACAUAUGGUCCUUGGGAAUAUCAGCACUUCAAAUGGCGGAAGGCUAUUACCCAUUCAGCAGAUUUCCCCAGCAAAAACUCAUGAAACGCAUCAUGCAUGGACCUGCGCCAGUAUUAUUGUGGGACAAAUGGAGCGACAACUUCCAUUCAUUCAUCGGCCAUUGCCUCCAGAAAGAUCCAGCUUGGAGGCCGUCUGCUGGAAAGCUCUUAUCACACCCCUUCAUUUGUAAGAUCUUUAAUGAAAGGGGUGUGAAGAGCAAUAUCAAAUGGCACCUGCAGUGAGAAGACUGAAGCACUGAAGUUCCAGAACAUCAUAGCAGCCAUCGGGGGAGGGACGGGGGCACAACUGCAGGGCCCUUAUGUCAUCUUUGGGCCCCGCAGACUUGGGGCAUGUUUACUAACAUUGGAGAUAGAUAACUGGAGAGAUUUCUGGAGA